GAAAAUGGAGGGACCUUCCUGUGCCAACCCCUCCCCGCCCCCCCGGACACCUGGGUCCCUCCGGGGCUGGCUUGGGCGUACGGGGGCGAGUCCCCCUGUGAGCGCAGGAGGAGAAACAGCCGCAGAGGCAGGAAAUCGGGGGCUGCAGGGCCGGGCGUGGGGCUCGGAGCCCAACCGGGGCUGGAACCGGAAAACCCCCCCCAGCUGAGCCAGGUCCGGGCCGCAGGAGAGCUCCGGGGCAGGGGGCUCAGUCUAUGGGGAAGCAAAGCAGGGCGCUGGCUGGAGAUGGGGAAAUUGUGAAUGAUGAUGGUGCAGCGAAGGCAGAAGGGCUCAAUGGGCAUUUCUGCUCUGCCCUUGGAAAGACGCUCCAUGGAGUAUUGUAAUUGUACGGUAUGUAGAACUGCCAGGGGUCCCGUUUUGUCCAGUCGAAAAGGGGACCGGACACUCAACGUCCGGUUAUCGGAGUAACCGCAGGCAGCCUCUCCGCGCAGAGGGCGGCAAGAGCAGCAGCUGCUGCUACCUGGGGCAGCUGCUCAGCUGUUGACGGAGAGAAGUGGUUCCAGCCUCCAGCAGACUGAACAAAGGUUUGAACAACGGAUGCCGUGUGUUAAGAGUCAAUGUAGUCCAGAAAAAUGAAGAUGAUCCCUGAGAACCACUUUUAUGACAGAACUGUGUACUCUAAGGAAUGCCAGUGCGCAACCACAAGCAGAGGGGAGCAACUGGCCUUCAAAGAGUUAAGUGCCUAGCCAGCAGGCUUCAGCGGUCAGCUAUGUAGUUAACAUCGCGGCAUCCUCAGUUGACGCUCUUUUAUCUGGUGGCUAAACUGUGCUGCAGUCAGACUAGUGUGAGGUGAAAUGGCAGCACCCGAAAAGAGAAAGAUUCGAAGGCUGUGCUCUUUUAAAGACAAGUGGUUGCAACUCCCAGCGUAUCGGAAUUGGCUUAUGAAAGCAAGUGAAGACUCAGGGUAUUGUUCUAUUUGUCGUGUUCAAUUCACAGUUAAGUUUGAUUCUGUAAAAGCUAUCAAGCAUCAUGCGGAGACACCGGGUCACAAAAUCAAAGUACGAGCACAGGUACGGUCUAGUACUAUGGAUAAAUUCUUCGUAAAGGCUGAUGCCUCUGAAGAAGAACACACGUGCGCAGCUGAAUUGCUUCUAACAUAUCAUGGAGUUAAACACCAGCACAGCUACCGUUCUCAAGAUUGCGGAAGUACGCUGUACCGCUCCAUUUUCACUGAUUCCAAGAUAGCUUCCAAAAUUCACUACAGAAGGACAAAAGUGGAGGUUUUGAUCGAGAAAGUACUUGCCCCCCAUUCAUUGAAACUGGCUGUGCAAGACAUUGGAUCAACAUCGUUCUCAAUAGCGAUGGAUGCUUCUAAUAAAGGGAACACAAAAUUAUUCCCAGUUGCCGUCCGCUACUUUAAUAAAGAUAAGGGAAGCUGCAUGUGUAUCAUAGACUUUUUUGAGGAUGCAGACGAAACAUCAGAGGCAAUCGCAAAUAACUUAAAAAGUUGUCUUCAAAAUGCCGGUCUGAUACAUAAUCGAAUUGUGGCAUAUGGAGCAGACAAUGCAUCUGUUAAUUUUGGAAAACACAAGUCUGUUUUCGUGCACCUAAAACGAAUGUUGGAUUUACCAAACCUUGUGCCAGGCCAUUGCAGUGCUCACAUACUACACAAUACGGCGAAACAUGGCUUGAAAAUGCUCUCUUAUGAUGUAGAGCACUUGGUCAUCAACGUUUUCAGUGAAUUCUCGUCCAGUGAAAAGAAUAUUAGUGAACUUAAAGAGUUCUUUGACUUCAUGGGGACAGAAUAUUCAGAAAUCUUACCCCAUAUAGCUACACGUUUUCUGACCCUUUUCACUGCAGUAGACAGGUUACUGAAGAAUUGGCCAGCACUCAAAUCUUACUUUGUGAGCAAAGGAGAGGAAAAUGUGUGCCGUGCAAUAUGGGCCUUCCUUUCUGAGCAAGAGCAUGCAGUGUCCAACGAUGAAACUCUUACGCUUCCCGAGCUGUACAUCUAUUUUGUGCACAACAUUAUGAGCCAAUUUAACAACACCAUAAAGGUUCUUGAGAGUGAUUACGUUCAGGUAACUGAACUGUAUACUAAAUUCAACAAGCUGAGGAGAGAGAUUCAGAAUCGACAAGAAAGAGGAUUCUAUGGGUACCAGGUGACACAGUUCUUGAAGAAACUACCACCUAACAAGCAGAAUAAAUUUGUUGGAGAUGCCCAACGGGCUUACACACGUAUGGUACAGUACCUGGAAAAGUGGUUUGAUUUCAGUGAAAACUCUUUCUAUAAGAUGUGUGCGCCCCUCAAUCUGGACAGACCUCUUGAGCUAGACGAACUGUGUGCUUUGACGACAAGCUUGGGCAUUCAAGUGGACGGAGAUGAACUAUUUACAGAAAUGUGUACGUUGAAUGAUGUGCUACCGACCCUAAAGAAUUUGACAAAUUCUGCUGAAUCGACACUGCGUCGGCAGUCACAAGAGCCCCACAAUGUCUCCGAGGUGUGGGUAGAAUUCUUUAAGCGCUGCGAGGCCCCGAACUUACUUAAAAUUGUGCAGCACGUGCUUGCUACCCCACCCAGCAACACAUUUGUGGAAGGCAUUUUCAGGGUUAUGAAGAACUUGCGGACCGACAAAAGGAAUCGGCUCCAAGUGGACGUGGCAAAAGCUAAGCUAUUCGUGCACUUCAACUAUCAAAUGACCUGUGCCGAGUUUGCUGGAUUUUUGAAGACGGAAGCGGCUAAGGAGCUUGUGGGAACGGCAAGAAAAUAUCAGAAAGCCCAGCCGCUGUCCCCCGAUUGGGCAGACAGGCAGGCUCCACAUGAGCUUCUCCCAGCCCAGCUCUGCGGGUGGCAGGUCGUGGUGGGUGUGAACGUCAAGGAAGAGAACUCAGAGAAGAUGGCAUCCUCUGGGGCAUUAUGGGAAUAUCCUGGCUUCCAGCUGAAAUGGCUGCAGCCCCAUCCUGAGUGUGUAUCCCAGGAUGCAGGACAGGGUGAACCUCCAGGACCCCAGAACAAUGCACCACAUGUCCCCAGAGAGGCGCCCCAGCCCCUCCAGGAAAUAGCAUUUCCAGCGCUGCUGCCUGAGCUCAACUCCUCUCCCCCACCCGCGACGGAGGAGGGGCAAGGGUCCCUGGAGCAGCCAGCACUGAGAGGAGAGUCCCGGGCACUGCAGGGGCCGGUGCAGUUUGAGGACGUGGCUGUGACCUUCACGGAGGCGGAGUGGGAGCUGCUGGAUGAGGAGCAGAGGGAGCUGUACAGGGACGUCAUGCUGGAGAACUAUUGGAGCCUCCAGUCGCUCGGGUUCCACAUUCCCAAGCCAGAUGUAAUCUCCUGCAUGGAGCAAGGGCAGGCGCCAUGGGUCCCGGAUCCCCUGCCCACCCCUAAAAGGUGCCACAGUACAGGGCCCUGUCACUCCAGACAUUGCACAAAUACUGGACCAGAAGGCAAAGCGCUGCCCUAAGAACUGCAGUCUAAAAAUACCACUACAGGAAUGGUGCCGGGGGGGAAGGGUUGGAAUGGCAUCAAAUAUAUUGGUCUAGCAGCUGUAAUUCCCGAAUGCCCCAUUCCAUGUUUUUUCCAUUGGUUUAGGGCAAUCCAGGCUGUUUGGCUGAGUCCAGAGGGCUCAGGGGUUUAUGUGUGAUUGACCCAAGUAGAAUGGAAGGUCAAAUAAGGGACAGGAGUGGGUUUCUCUGGCCCACUGAGAAGAUCCAAGUUGUGCUCCCCUUCCCUGCCCCUGCUCUGCUAGCCAGGUAUAAAAUGGCUGGAUUUCACUCCAAAACUAUGACUUCCACCCUGGGCACUUCAGUUCAGUCUUCUUCGCAGGCAGCCGAAAGGGGAUUUCUUUUUAUACUAUAUUCUCCCAGCAUGCUUUACCACGGACAAGGCUGUUUAGAUGGCUGUCAUGGUGGAUUGUAUUUCCCAGCAUGCCUUGUCACAGGUAGGGCUCGUAAAAUGGCUGCCAUGGUGGAUGAAGCUUCCCUGAAUGCCUUGCCACAGGCAAGACUACAAAGAUGGCCAUUAUAAUGGUGGAAGGUUCCUAGGAUAGGGCCGAGUUAGACAGCCCCUCACGGCUGGCUUUCCUGUGUUCCAGCCAGCGUCAGGGCCACGAGAGGUGGCAAGGAGCUGAGGUGGGGGCAGUAGGAAGCUCCCGAGAGGGUGGCGCUGCCCCAUGUCCCCUCCCCACAGCCGCUGAGCCCAUGGGAGCAGUGCGACCGCUGCCCCAAAUGCGGUAAAAGCUUCCUCCCCACCUCGGCCCUGCAGAUGCAUCUGAGGAACCGUUCUGUAGAGAGGCCAUGCCCGUGCAGUUCCUGCAGGCUGCAGUUCAGCCAGGGUUACAAUCUGAUCAAGCACCAGGCCCCGCACAUGUGGGGAGCGCCCCUACUGGUGCCCUGACUGCAGCCGGUUUCGCUGUCAGAGCAACUCCAUCAUGCACCGCUGCAUGGCCCAUGCCUGCACCGAGACCGCCAAGAGCGUCACCGGAAGCUCCAAUUUUCUCAAGCGUGGGGCCCGCACGGCCGGCCGGCCGGCCGCAUCUUUGCCACCAAUGUGGGAAGAGCUUCGUCUCCAGGUCCCACCUGCAGGUGCGCUGCCUCAGCCACAGCGGGG